AUGGUUAAUUUUAAUCUUUCCCGAAAAAAAAAAGAAAAGAAAUCAAAAAUCUUUUGCAGAAGAAUCAAAACCGUUCGAACUAUCCCUAAUUCGAAGAGUCGACUAACGCUCGCAAGAUCAAUUCUUGGACAAAAUUUCAAGAAGAAGAAGAAUGGCGGGAAGUGUUCUCGAGUUGAUGUAUUGGUUGCAACUCGUACAAGAAAAUCUGAGAAGGCUGUAAAUGCAAUCAAUUUGGCAAAUAACACUCAUGCAGUAGAUGAGAUAAACAAAUUAAAGGAACAAAGAGAGCAAGGUCUUAAUGAGAAAACAGAUGAGCAAAUUAUUCAGGAUGUGCUUGGCAAAGAUACACAUGGGUAUUUGAAAGCUCAUGGACCUGGUAGAAGUAUAACGCAACAUUUUAAAGUAAAGCCCUCUCGAAUUGAUCUUACUCAAGAGGUGAAUGAAGUUAUAAAGAAAGCAGAUCAAGCAAUUGAAGAUGAAAGAAAAGAAGCUGAAACUGCUAGAACAGAAGCAGAACAGGCUAAAAUAGAAGCUGAACAAGCCAAAAAAGAGGCGGAAACUGUUAAGAAUGACGUGGACAGAAAAAUUGCUGAUAAUAAUGCAGUUUGGGAGAAGAAGUUUAGUCAACUUCUGGAUUUUCUUGGAGCAGGAAGUUCAUCAGAUUCUGAUGAUUUAGGAAGUCAAGGUUCAAGGGAAUGAAGUAACAAGGAGCGGAGCACAGACAUAUUGUCACAUUGUACAUAUAUAUAGAGUAUAUAUUGUUCUUCAGCAAAACGAUUUGAGUGUUUUAUUUUUUAUUUAUUUUAGUAAGAGUGAGCUAGUGAUGAGACAAUGAGACAAUUGAUUUCUAGUAUGUUUGUAUGUAUGGAUAUCGAAUUCAAGUAUGUUUGAAUGAAUGGGAUUCCAAGACAUAAUAUCACCUUUUUAAUGUUAUAUAUCGAUUUCAAGAAUGACAAAUAUGACAUAUUUGAGAAAAA